UUUAUAGGUAUUUAUCCUAUCAAAAUCUGUUAAAUUUUUGUAAAUGUAAAAUUACUUACUCACCGAAUGGAUUCUGACAAGUGACAACAAUGAAUCUCAGACCUUUAUUUGUGUGUGUAAGUACAGGAAGAGCCUAUCCUGCGAGCUUUGAAUGCGGCUAGGUGUUGAACAUAUAUGCUAUGCAUGUGAUGUAUGAGGAAAAUUUGAAUGUCAAGAUGGGAGAUGUACAUACAUGCAUGUAAAAAUUGGUAACAUCCCUCCUUGAGUGACACUUGGCUCACUCUCCAUCCAACUCUUCAAUCUUUAUAUAUAGAAAGAAAAUGAUAAUUAUGAAUAAUAUCCAAAAAGAAUCAUAAAACUCGCAGCGGCGGCGGCAGCAGCUUGUUAUAUAUGGGGGGUGUGUGAGUGUGAAGAGGAAGCGUGGAGAAGAACGGGACGGUUCCCUGGAAACUCCUCUUUCUCAGAAACAGAAACAUCAAAGCUCAAAUGGUGCCGCCGUCGUCCGAGAUGGCUGCGGCUGCGUCCACCGCCAGUUGCAGCGGCAGUAGUCCAGCACCACGUGUCUUAUCUUCCACUUCCACUCCCUCUAAUCUCCUUCAUUCCCCACCUCCCUUGCUGACAAAGCACCCUCACCCCCAAGUUUCAUGCUUCCCCCAAAAGGGCUUCUCGAACAUCACUCACGCCUUUCUCGGCAAAGCCUUGCAUGGACUUUGCAUUAAGGGCCUUCUUCACCUUGGCACAUUCUAUACCAAUACCUUGAUCAACAUGUACUGCAAGUUUCACAACAUUGAAUAUGCGCGCCACGUGUUCGAUAGAAUGCCCGAUAGAAACCAAGCUUCUUGGAACAACUUGAUGUCUGGCUUUGUUAGAGUUGGUUGCUACGGGGAAGCAAUGCACCUCUUUCGUCACAUGUGUGAAGUUGGUGCCACACCAAGCAGUUAUGCACUUGCUAGUUUAGUGACUGCCUGUGACAGGUCAGGAUGCAUGCCUGAAGGAGCACUUCAGAUUCAUGCUUAUGCUGUUAAAUGCGGUUUGCUGUCUGAUGUGUUUGCUGGCACUUCUCUGCUGCACUUUUAUGGUGCACACGCUCAUGUUUCCGAGGCUACCAAAAUAUUCGAGGAGAUUGAUCAACCAAAUAUAGUCUCUUGGACUUCUUUAAUGGUUGCCUAUGCAGAUAAUGGGUACACAAAGGAGGUUCUAAAUAUUUACCAGAACUUGAGACGCCAAGAGGUACCUUGUAAUCAAAACACAAUGGCUAUUGUUAUUCGAUCUUGUGGAAUGCUCGAUGAUAGAACCCUGGGAUACCAAAUCCUUGGAGAUGUGAUCAAAUCUGGAUUAGACACUAAUAUCUCUGUUGCAAACUCACUCAUAUCUAUGUUCGGUAAUUUUGAGUGUGUUGAGGAGGCAUCUUGUGUGUUUGAUAACAUGUUGGAACGUGACACUAUUUCAUGGAAUUCAAUGAUCACUGCAAGUGCGCAUAAUGGUCGUUGUGAAGAGUCUCUAGGGCACCUUGUUCGGAUGCGUCAUGAUCAGAUGGAAAUAAAUUAUAUUACUAUUUCGUCCUUAUUAUCUGUUUGUGGCUCGGCUCAAAAUUUGAGAUGGGGACGAGGACUUCAUGGUCUAUUAGUGAAAUCUGGACUUGAAUCGAAUGUUUGUGUGUGCAAUAGUCUUAUUAGUAUGUAUUUGCAGGCUGGAAAUUUUGAGGAUUCAGAGUUUGUAUUUCAUACCAUGCCAGAGAGGGAUUUGAUCUCAUGGAAUUCCAUGAUGGCAUGCCAUGUUGAGGAUGCAAAGUAUUCACGUGCCAUGCAACUUUUGAUUGAGAUGCUCCAUACGAGGAAGUCAAUGAACUAUGUGACUUUCACAACUGCAUUAUCUGCCUGUAAUAAUAUAGAAAAACUAAAGAUUGUUCAUGGCCUUGUGAAUCUUUUCGGUGUCCAGCACAAUCUGAUCGUUGGUAAUGCACUGGUUACCAUAUACGGUAAGUUUGGUUUGAUGGAUGAAGCACAAAAGGUGCACAAACUAAUGCCUGAAAGAGAUGAAGUAACUUGGAAUGCACUUAUAGGUGGCCAUGCUGACAAUAAAGAACCAAAUGCGGCAAUUAAAGCUUUCAAUUUAUUGAGAGAAGAAGGUGUAUCUGUAAAUUACAUUACUGUUGUUAAUCUUCUCAGUGCUUGUUUGGCUUCUGAUGAUCUCUUGGAGCAUGGAAUGCCCAUCCAUGCAUAUAUAAUCAGGGCAGGCUUUGAAUUGGAUACGUAUGUCCAGAGUUCCCUAAUUACAAUGUAUGCUCAGUGUGGUGAUCUUGAUACAAGUAACUACAUUUUUUAUGCAUUAGCUAAUAAAAAUUCGAGUACUUGGAAUGCCAUUCUUUCUGCAAAUGCCCAUUAUGGACCUGGUGAGGAGGCACUCAAACUUUUUGUAAAUAUGAGGAAUGGAGGGGUUCUUCUAGAUCAGUUUAGCUUCUCUGUAGCCCUUGCCAUCAUUGGGAACUUAACUGUACUGGAUGAAGGUCAGCAGCUUCAUAGCCUGAUUAUUAAACUUGGGUUUGACUCAAAUGAUUAUGUACUAAAUGCUACGAUGGAUAUGUAUGGAAAAUGUGGGGAAAUUGAUGACGUGUUUAAAAUCCUUCCCCAACCAAGAAACAGGUCACGGAGGUCUUGGAACAUUUUAAUAUCAGCACUAGCCAGACAUGGGUUCUUCCAACAGGCUAGGGAAGUCUUUCAUGAGAUGGUUGACAUGGGACUGAGACCAGACCAUGUGACUUUUGUUUCACUUUUGUCUGCAUGCAGCCAUGGGGGUUUGGUGGAUGAGGGUCUUGCAUACUUCUCUUCAAUGACUGAUGAAUAUGGCGUCGCCACAGGAAUCGAACAUUGUACAUGUAUAAUUGAUCUUCUUGGGCGAGCAGGGAGGCUUGCUGAGGCUGAGGCGUUUAUUGAUAAGAUGCCAGUUGCACCAAAUGACCUUGUGUGGCGUAGCUUGUUGGCUGCUUGUAAGAUACAUGGUAAUUUGGAGCUUGGAAGGAGAGCUGCGGAUCGUCUUUUUGAAUUGGAUUCAUUGGAUGAUUCAGCUUAUGUUCUUUAUUCAAAUGUGUGCGCUUCCAGUAGAAGAUGGGGAGAUGUAGAGAAUGUGAGGAGGCAAAUGGAAUCAAAUAAAGUAAAGAAAAAACCUGCAUGUAGUUGGGUGAAGCUGAAAAAUAAGGUUACUUUUUUUGGAAUGGGAGAGCAGUUUCAUCCACAAACGACACAAAUCAAUAGGAAGUUGGAUGAGUUGAGAAAGAUUAUUAAAGAGGCAGGGUAUGUGGCUGACACAAGCUAUUCAUUGCAAGACACGGAUGAAGAACAAAAGGAGCAUAAUCUUUGGAACCAUAGUGAGAGAAUUGCCCUUGCUUUCGGAUUGGUCAACAGCCCAGAAAGUUCACCACUUAGAAUAUUUAAGAACCUUCGUGUUUGUGGUGAUUGCCACUCUGUUUUUAAGCUGGUUAGUAAAAUCCUUGACAGGAAAAUCAUAUUAAGAGAUGCAUACCGCUUUCACCAUUUCAGUGGUGGCAAGUGUUCUUGUUCUGAUUACUGGUAGUGGUAGCAGUGGAUUACACCCGUUUUAGUGAUGUUUGGUAAUUCAUACGGGUGAUUUUCUUUUUAUUAUUUUUAAGUAUUUAAGUAGACUCAACAAAGGUUAAUCUAUUAAGAUUAUGACAUAUGUAUUCAUUACCUGUUAAAGGAGGAGUAAAUCCACGUAAU